AUGGCAGAUCUAGUUCUUUCUGCCUUCAUGCAGGUUGUAUUCGAGCAACUAGCCUCCCCCUUGGUUGAAGAGUUUGGACUGAUCCAUGGAGUCAAAAAACAGCUCAAGAGACUUUCACGUAUCCUCGUAAAGAUCCGAGCAGUUAUCAAUGAUGCAGAAGAAAGACAGAUACAAGAAGAAGCAGUACGAGGGUUCUUCUCUUCCUUGAGUCCCAACCAUCUUCUUUUUCAAAUUGAUAUUGCAUCAAAGAUUGAUGAGGUUAUUGAGAAGUUAGAGGAUAUAGCCAGGGAAAAAGAGGGUCUGUAUCUAAAAGGAGGAGUUGUACCUGUAGCUACUCAUCCUAAGGCUAGAGGGAGGAGGUCACAAACCAGUUCCUUGGUUGAUGAACAAUCUAUAUUUGGAAGAACAGAUGAUAGAGAGAUGCUACUUUCUUUGGUGCCAGUUGAUUUCGAAGCCACUAGUGAAGCUAGAAAACUAAGAAGUUUGUUUCUCUUGGGUGGAUAUCGAUACAACAUCAAGAAAAUUCCCCAUCAAUUAUUCCAGAAGCUGAAAUUCUUGCGCUCGCUGAAUUUAAGUCACACUUGCAUAACUGAGUUGCCAAGUUCGAUUGGAAACUUGAUGCACUUGCGGUAUCUUGACCUCUCUUGGAGCUGUAUCCGAAGACUGCCUGAGUCUAUUGGUGACCUAUGCAAUCUACAGACACUGAACUUAAGAAAAUGCAUCGAGCUUCACUGUUUGCCAGAUAAUAUCAGCAGAUUGAUUAAUCUGAGACAUUUUGAUGUUUCCUCUGGUACAGCUUUGCUAAAGAUUCUCCCAUUUUCUGAUUGCCGGCUUCUGGACUUACCAAAAUGCAUCAAGAACCUCAUCAAUCUUCGUGAUAUUGAUAUUUCUAUUGGGACGAGUUUUCAGAAUAUCCUUCCCUUCGCCGAAAAUCAGUCUUGUUUUGAUUUCCUCUCACGGAUGGUCUCAUCACCACCAGGAAUGGGGCGGUUAACAUGCCUCCAAACGUUAUCCAAUUUUGUUAUCUCUAAAAGGAAUGGAUGCGGUGUGGAAGAGUUGAAGAAUAUGGUGGAUCUCAGAGGGACACUUGGUAUUUCAAAGCUUGAGAAUGUAACUUCUGCGUCGAAUGCCAAGGAGGCUGAUCUGAAGAGCAAGCAUCGUAUUCACAAGUUGACGUUACAAUGGAGUGAAGAAAGUCUCUACAGCACACAGAGUGAAGCAUUCACUGAGCAGGUAUUGGAAUAUCUUCAACCUCACAAAAAUAUCAGGGGCUUGAGGAUUUCUAACUUUGGGGGUAGGAUGUUACCAAGCUGGAUGAAUUGUGUUUCACUCUCAAAUCUAGUCUCCAUUUGUUUGUUCAAUUUUCACAAGUGUGAAAGUCUUCCACGGCUCUGGCAGCUACCAUCACUCAAAGAUCUCAAAAUCCAUGGUUUUCAUGGUUUGACACAUAUAGGCCAUGAUUUCUACGGGGAUGGUGAUGUUGUUGGAUUCCGAUAUCUAGAAAAGCUUGAGAUAAAGGAUAUGCCUAACUUGGAGCACUGGUCUGGAGUGAAACCUGGUGAAAUCUCCUGCCUUAGUGAAAUAACAAUGUGGGAUUGUCCAAAAAUGAAUGAGAUGCCAGAUCUCCCAAGCACACUUAAAGUUUUGGAAAUAGCUAAUUGUAAGGGAAUUGAGUCUUUUCCCACGAUCUAUUCCAUCCAGAACCUAGUACUUGGCCAGUGCAAUGAGGUGAUACUGAAUUCAUCUACCUGCUUCUCAUUCUUAUCCUCUUUGAAUAUUUCUGGCUUUUCCAAGCUGGAAUACCUUCCUGAUACUUUACUUCAACAACUAGCUUUGCUUAAAGAACUGAAAGUCAACGACUGUGAUAAGCUCAGGUUGCUGACUCAAGAACAAAGCUUGUGGAAGCUCAGUUUGCUUCAACACCUGGAAAUUUGCAACUGUCCACAACUUGUUUCGUUGAAAGAUGAGGUGCUGCCCACUGCCAUUCUGAAGUCUUUCCGCAAAUAA